ACACCUGUCCAUUCACCGGAGAGGCCUGGAAGGAAUUUCUUGUAUGGACAGUAUUUUCCAUCAAAAGAAAGGAAAAAAGCUCACUCAUCAUUUAAAAACCUUACUAGCAGGCCUGACAGCCUUAAGCAUGAAUUGGAUACAAUGAUGAGGGAUAUUGAUAUGCCUUUACAUAGAAGUCCUGUAGAACCAUCUUUCUGCUCUAGGAGCACUGAGGAUUUAUUUAGCAGCCCUACGCCGAACUUGUUUAACAAGAAAAUCUCUCCAGUUCCUGAUUAUGAUAUGUUUGAGGACAUUUUUGAAGAUGAGGAGCUCUUUGGAAAAGAGAGAAGAAAUAAAAUUUGGAAAGCAAGUCCCUCAUUUCUACCUUAUGGAAUUAUUGAUCAAGAAGAAUAUGGUUAUGGCAUUAUUGAUCAAGAAGAAUAUGGUUCACCUUGUAAGGACAAGUUAGAUCAAAUAGAUUCUGGUCCUAUUCAUUAUGCAGAUAGAAAUUAUGAGCACCAAGGUUUCUCCUUUGAGACCCACCAGUGGAAGAAAAGCAUGAUAUCACCUCUUGAAAUCAAUGACACAGUUUCCCCUGCACUAUUUUCCAAGCGCCGGAUGGCACAGUACUUUGAAGAUCCAUCAGUUCCAAAUAUAAAAUGCAACUACUCUUUGGGAACUAGAGAGUAUGAUUUGGGUGACUGCAAAAAACAGACAGAGCACUCUUACUCUGCAUGUAAUGACACAAAGGAGAGUUUUUAUUUACCCAGCGAAGAAUCAUGCUUUUCAGCUUCAGUGAAGGGUGACAAUAGCAGAAGCCGCCAUGGCAUAUAUCAUAAACAGACCAUGGAGACUAAAUUUAGUCCCAGGAAUGUAUUUGGGAAAGGAAUAUUCUACAGUGAUAGGAAUGAUAGAAAUGUUGGCGGGCGAGAAACCUUCCCAGUUUCAUCAAAUAUUGCUCGAGAAAGGAGUUUAUAUCCGACAAACCAUGGAUUCUCAAAGGAUAUAUUCGAUCUAGGUGAAGUGAUCUUGGGUUCUGAUCUCUACACUGAAGAUUCCUUUGCUGCAUCACCUCAGCCUCGAUCACAUUUUGAUAAGUGCAGAGAUUUUCCUGCUGAACAUUCACAUUGCUGCAAACAUAGGCCAGAAGAACCCAGUAUCCGGCAACCAACCAGAAUUAUAGUUCUAAACCCUACAUCUGGAUCAAAGGUGCCAGCUUUAUUUCAGACCUCCAAAAGCGAAUGCAGUCCUCAGAAUGGCUAUUUUGAUCUCCAAAGAGACAUCUCCCAAGCUAGCAAUAUUUCAUCAUCAGACAAAGUAUUGGUGGAUUCAUCAUCAUACCUUGAAGAUCAGUGCAGCGAUACUAGAAAGGAACCAAGCUGCAGAACUCCUGAUGUAACUGAUACUACAAAUGCAUCAAAGCCUCUGGAACAAGCUGAAGAGACUUCUUCGUGUGCUGAGAUUCCGGUUGCAGUCGAGGAAAUUCAUGUCACUGGAGAUCCAAGUUGCAUAAUUUUGCUGCCGUUGUGAUGACAGUCA